UUUUAUGUCGCUCGUUUAUGUCAUUUGCAUCGUAGAAUCAUAAAAAAUGGAGUUACAUUCGUGUGAACGAUGGAAAAUACCUUGACAUGAGUACCGAAUCGUUAUGGAUUAAAUAUCAAAUGCGAGCGCACACGCUAAUCUAAUAUUUAAAAAUUAAAAAAAUAAUGGCUCAUGUGAGUCAGAGUCCAGGAAUCGGGAAGACCGUGGAUUUUUUAACAAGAUUUCACAAUAUCUCGAAUAAACUGAAAAAACGAUUUCUGAGGAAACCGAAUGUCGCAGAGGCAUGCGAUCAAUUCAGUGUCUUAGCUACUGAAUGUGAACAGAAGGAAUUGUGGCAAUAUGCAGGUUUAUGUUGGUUGGCAGCCGCUAGAUGCCAAGGCACAUUAGAAAAUGCCUCCUCUGAAAUAAAUCUUUUAGUAAAAGCUGGAAGGCAAUUUCUUACAGCUGAAAAGAAAGAUAAUGAUAUAGGAUGUCCUUCUAUAGGCCAAGAAAACAUACAGGCUGCUGUAAGUUGUUUUGGUCAUUCUAUGGCUAGAUGCAGCAAUCAAGUGGGAUUCAACACAAUCUCUGCAGGUCUAUCAGUAGAGUUAGCAUUAGCGUUGGGCCCAGGUCCUGCUGGUAUCCAACAGCUACGCAAAGCAAUUGAUAUCUUUCCUACAUCGAAAGCUAUCAAUACCUUAGUGUCUUUUCACAUAAGCCAGGGAGAUUACGUAGCUGCCCUACAGAUUCUCAAUGAAUUUAUAUAUUUAAUAUGUAUAUGAUAAGAAAUAUGUAUGUAUAUUUAUAUAAUGAAAUUAAUGAUUAGAUGCGAAGUUACGCGAGUACUUCUGCUACUUAUUCUUCAACCAUCACCCCAGAGACUAACACCGUCUCUCGCCCAAGUCCUCGAAAAGUACGCAUGGGCAGAAGAAAAUGUGAACAAUGAUCUCAACAUGAGCGAGGAUGAAUUAUUAUUGUUGCAAUCCCUAGUGUUAGCAUGCCAAUCUCAUGAUCAUCAAGCAGUGCUGGAGCUCGAGAGCGAACUGCAUCCUUAUUUUGAUACAGAGCAAAAGGAACUGUUACAUAAAUUGAUACAAGUAUUAUCGACGCAAUAAAUAUACCAUAAUACUCCAAA